UUGUGGCCAUCCGCAGUACGGCCACAUUGCUGCUAGUCCAGACGCUGCUUUUGUGGAAUUGUUAAUUAUUUACUUCGGCGAGCAUGCAAAUGAACCCGAGCGUCACAAUCGAGCGCAAACGCGUCGACUGCAGUGUCCUGCCAAAGGGAUGGCAACGCGACGAGGUCCGAAAAUCCGGCAGCAGCGCCAAUAGCAACGCCAGCAGCAACAACAACAGCAGCAGUGCCACAGCCAGCAGCAACAACAACAAUAAUAAGGUGGAUGUUUUCUACUACAGCAGUCCCACAGGAAAAAGGGCGGAGGGGAAGCCGCAGGACAUUGCAAUCCCCGAUUUCCAGUCUGGCAAGAUGCCACACCGAGCCCUGCCCUCGCCCUCCAUUUCGCUGUACCGCUGCAGCGCCAUGCCGCUGCCCAUAGCCAGCGGGGGUGGUAAUGGGGCCACCACUGGAUCGGCGGCCAAUGCCCUCAAGCGCAAGUUCGCCCGGAGCCAAGGAGGCAACGCUGCUGCAGCAGGAGGAGCUGCUCCUCCGGCAGCGGCCGCCUCGUCAGCAGCAACAGCAGCAGCAUCUGCUUCACCAUCAACUGCCAAUCGCCAGCAGCAACAGAUCGAACUCAGCCGAGCCCUGCGCACAGAUGUCUCCCUGGUACCGCCAAUCCGACAGACUGCCUCGAUCUUCAAGCAACCGGUGACAGUGAUUCGCAACCACAAACAGGAUCCCGCCAAAGCAAAGAAUGAUCCCAAGCAUGGCACUCGGGAGAAGCCGAAGCAAUUGUUCUGGGAAAAGCGGCUGGAACGACUCCGCGCCUGCCACGACAGCGGCGAGGAGCUAGACGACAUCUCACUGCCCAAGACCAUACGCACAGUUGGCCCCAAUGUUAACGAACAGACCGUCCUCCAGUCGGUGGCCACGGCCCUGCAUAUGCUCAACGCCGGCGUUCACGGCCAGAGUUCUACGAAGUCUGAUUUGACUAAGAAUGCCAUGGCGUUCAUGAAUCCUGAACAGCCGCUCAUGCACGCGGUUAUCAUUUCGGAGGACGACAUUCGCAAGCAGGAGGAUAGAGUCGGUGUGGCGCGGCGAAAGCUGCAGGAUGCACUCAAAACAUGAGUUCAAUGGUCAUCCCUCAUGCAUCUACCAAUUCCAUUGUAGGCUCUAACAUCUCUAUCGUAUUGACCCCUAUUCGAAAUCUACGUUUAAGACUAGUGUGUAAUAAACCAAAUCCAACUCCAA